CUCCCUCCCUCUUACAUGCACACACACACACACACUGGCUGCACAUGCAUCAAGUGGAACAGAUCCACAGGGCUGCACAGUGGUGAACCAGCAGUGUGUGAUAGAGAGAGAGAAAGAGAGAGAGAGGUGUGGGGGGGGUGGAGAGAGAACGAGAGAGCGAGAGAGAGAGAAAGAGAGAGAGAGCAUUUACUCUCCCUCUCACCAACUGCAGGGAAGCACCAGUGUGGAGAAGUUGCAUGAAGCGAGAGGUUCCAUCUGAGCACGUUCUUCACAGACUGACCAUGGAAGCCAAGAAGUGGAGGUAGAAGAAGAAGCAGAGGAAGAAGAAGAAGAGGGAAAAGAAACAGAAGGAGAGGAAAGACAGAAGUCUGGCUGAAGAAGAGAGCAGAGUUUCAUCUGAGGGAUUACUGGACAUUUUAUAUAUGAGCUCCUGUCAUGGUGAUAUUCUGCCUGAUCGUCUCUCGCUGACAGGAGCCUCUCUGUUUCUUGGAUUUCUCGGGGAUCAAAGUUUGUUUUCAGAGCAGUGUGUGAGUUUGUGAGUGUGUGUGAGUGUGUGUGUGUGUGUUUGUGUGAAUGAAGUGUGCGGAAGCAGGAAACAUGUCAAGCGGAUGUUUCAGUCACCUGUUGAGGGGAGUCUGGCUGCUGUGGCAAGUCGUGUUUGUGGCCGGGACCGGGAGUAAACUAUGGGAGGUGCCUUCGGCCUCCUUCACCUCCUCCUCCUCCUCCUCCUCCAACCUCAGCGAAGGCCUGCAGUGGCUGCCCCACUGUCAGUACCGCCACCCACAGGAGAGAGUGGGAAUCACAGCGGACGUCCCCCCAAGACUGGACGGCACAUGGGUGUCAACAAGAUGUGAGGUUCGGCCCGGUCCAGAGUUCCUCACCCGCUCCUACACCUUUCACCCCAGCCGUCACUUCCAAGCCCUGCAGCACUACUACACCGACAGCAGCUGCGAGGACCCGGCCUACUCCCUGAUGAUCCUGGGGAAGCUUCGUCUGCGCCAGGCCUCCUGGAUCACCCGCGGAGGCACCGAAGCCGAACACCACCCGAGCAAGGUGGGCAUCGUGGUCCACAGCCCGGCAGCCAUUCAGAGGCUGGCCUCCAGGCUGCCUGCGGCCUGCGUGCGUCCCACCCUGAGUCGAGUGGUGCCGGGGAAGCUGUACGAACUGUACAACACCCGGGCAGGGAGGGGGUGUCUGGCAGCGCUGGGCUUCUCCAUGAUGGAGAUGGGUCUGAUUCGGUUGGAGACGCAGCAUCACAGCCAUGGAGGGAAGAUCCAGGAGCUGUUCUUAGGAGACAUCCAUACUGACUGGACGCAGAGAACCCAGUACAGACCCACAGGGUACCAGCAGCCACUGCAGAACGCCUUGCAUCACAUCCACCCCUGCCCUGUGUGUGCUCUGGUGUACCGCUCCUCGGAGCAGCGCCCCCCGGUGUUGCCCCGCAGCCCUGCAGCCCCUCUCGCCCUGGCCGGCCGUUGGGUCAGCCGGCACUGUGAGACCCGUCCCACCGUCCUCUUCCUCACUCGUGACUUCACCUUUGACCCUGACCAGCACGCAUGGGAGGGCACCUACCAUCACUACUCCGACCCCGACUGCACACAGCCCACGUUCACCCUGAGAGCCUCUGGCCACUACGCUCAGGGAAACCCCUCGGUCAAGGUCUCAGGGGCCACAGAGUUGGUCUUCAAGGUCACCCAGGUGAGAGUCACGGCCAUGGAGGAGCCCACAGCCAAGCUGCUGAACGGCACCAGGCCAGGAAGGUGUGGUCGGGCCGGACACUGGGAGGUCGGAGUGGAGCAGGACUUGACAGCCACAGACGGGUGCACGGUACUGGGCAUCAAGCUGCCGCACAAGGAGUACGAGCUCUUCAAGUCCGAGCUGGACCACAGGAAACACCCCCUGCUGUUCACCGGGGAGAGGCCCACCGAUGGGUCCAGUCCCGACCGACCGCAGCGGAGACCCACCUCCUUUCAAGCUCCCCUGGUGCCUUGCGGUGGGGGGGACACACAGCGCUCUCAUCGCCAUGGAUCAGGAUUCAACAACAAGCAAGUCCAGUUACCAGCCAAUGGGACGGAGAGACGGGCCCAGCUGGUGCUGCUGCUGUUUGCAUUAUUGCUGUGCAGCUUGUUCUAGAGACUGAUUCAACCUGUUUCAUAGCUGAAGUCAUUAACGGACAUUUUCUGGAAAAGAGACAUUCAAGAGAGCUCAGUCAUUUUUUAAUAUCUGGCUUCCAGACGCUGCCUGUAGUUUCACUUUAAUGACUCUUAGCUUCAGCUACAUUUCUACCUAAAAAACGAAUUUGUAUAUAAACCUUCAACAUAUAUACAGGUGGCAUAAUUUCUAAAUGUAAAAAUACAAUUAUAUACUUUUAAACCGUGUCUCUUGAGUAUAAUGAUCAAAAAGCUGUCCUCAAUUCACAGAUCAAUUCAUUUAUUUUGCAUAAAUCCUGUUUUCCUGUCGUAACAUUAUAACAACGUUGAAACAGGGAUCGGUUGUUUCCACAUGGGAUGAAAGCCAUGGACAUUCCAGUGGACUUUUCCCCAUGAUGCAGUUUGACUAAUGCACUUUGUACAUAUCUUUGUUUUUUAUAUAUAUAUAUAUAUAUAAACAUACUGGAAAGAAAAGAAGAAGACGUAGAAAAAGUCUGCACUCUAACUCAUAUCCUCUUCAUCGGUCUGAUCCCACUGUGGAAUGGAAUGUGGCCUUAUCUCUUCCCCAGAGAGCGCAUUAGUCUGCUCUUCUAUCAACUCUCACGAUAAAUCAGAAGAAUAUUUAUUUUAACCAUCUAUUAUGUACUUUUUGAUAAAAAAAGAUGUGGGUCUAAUAUUUGAUGUUAGUUUCACCAUUUAAGAAAGUGAUUCUUUUUCUAUGUGUAUUAAAAAAUUACUUUUCAUAAUAA